AUGUCCUGGGAGACAAACAUUCUUGGCUCAGCCAUGAAUAACUGUGUGCUCCUGGAGGAGCUGCUGAUCAAGAAAUCCCAGCAGAAGAGAAGGACUUCACCCUCCAACUUUAAAGUGCGCUUCUUUGUCCUGACCCAAUCCAAGCUGGCUUACUACGAACAUCGCCACGGGAAAAAAAGGACUUUGAAGGGUUCUGUGGAACUUUCCAGGAUUAAAUGUGUGGAAAUUGUGAGAAGUGAUGUCAUCAUUCCCUGUCAGUACAAAUACCCUUUCCAGAUUGUCCAUGACAGCUACAUCCUCUACGUGUUUGCCCCCAACCGCGAGAGCCGGCAGCGAUGGGUCCUCACGCUGAAGGAAGAAAUCAGAUACAACAACAGUUUGGCUUCAAAGUGUCAUCCAGACUUUUGGUUGGAUGGCAAGUGGAGAUGCUGUGCUCAGACAGAGAAGAUGGCAGCUGGCUGUGUGGUAUAUGACCCCACCAAAAAUGCCUCAAAGAAGCCUCUUCCUCCCACUCCUGAAGAUAACUGGAAAUUGUUGCUGGACCCAAGGGAAGCAGUGGUCAUAGCCAUAUAUGACUAUGAAGCCCAGAACCCACAGGAGCUGACGUUACAAUAUAAUGAGGAAUAUUAUGUGAUUGACAGCUCUGAGGAACAUUGGUGGCUGAUUCAAGAUAAGAAUGGGCAUGAAGGCUAUGUGCCAAGCAGCUACCUGGUGGAAAAAUCACCUGAGAAUCUGCAAGUUUAUGAGUGGUACAACAAGAACAUCAGCAGAAGCAAGGCAGAAGCACUGCUCAGGGAUGAGGGUAGAGAAGGGGCCUUCAUGGUGAGAGAUUCAAGGCAGCCUGGCAUGUACACAGUCUCUGUUUUCACCAAAGCAUUAAGCACGGACAACAAUCCUGUUAUAAAGCAUUAUCACAUCAAUGAGACAACUGACUUUCCCAAGCGAUACUACGUGGCAGAAAAGCACGUGUUUGACUCCAUCCCUGACCUCAUCAACUACCACCAGCACAAUGCAGCAGGUCUCGUGACGCGGCUGCGAUACGCGGUCUCCUCCUGGAGGAAACAGGCCCCCAUCACCGCAGGGCUCAGCUACGGAAAAUUGGUCAUUAAUGCCUCUGAGCUCACCCGUGUGCAGGAGAUUGGCAGUGGUCAGUUUGGGGUGGUCUACCUUGGCUACUUGCUGGACAAGACCAAAGUAGCCAUAAAGACCAUCCGUGAAGGAGCAAUGUCUGAGGAGGAUUUCAUCGAGGAAGCCAAAGUCUUGAUGAAGCUGUCUCACCCCAAGCUAGUCCAGCUGUAUGGUGUGUGCUUUGAGGAUGCUCCCAUCUGCCUGGUGUUCGAGUUCAUGGAGAACGGCUGCUUGUCCGACUACCUGAGGAGCCAGAGGGGCAGCUUCUCCAAGGAAACCCUGCUGGGCAUGUGCCUGGAUGUGUGUGAAGGAAUGGCUUAUCUGGAACAAAACUCUGUCAUCCACAGAGAUCUGGCUGCCAGGAACUGCCUGGUGGGGGAAUCCCACGUGGUCAAAGUGUCCGACUUCGGGAUGUCGAGGAUUGUCCUGGAUGAUCAGUACACCAGCUCCACUGGCACCAAGUUUCCAGUCAAGUGGUCUGCUCCAGAGGUUUUCUCCUACAGCAACUAUAGCACCAAAUCUGACGUUUGGUCAUUCGGAGUGCUGAUGUGGGAGGUCUUCAGUGAAGGUAAAAUCCCCUAUGAGAAUCGCACCAAUGCAGAAGUGGUGGAAGAAAUCAAUGCAGGAUUUCGGCUCUACAAACCCAAGCUGGCCUCCAAGGCAAUUUAUGAGGUGAUGAACCACUGUUGGAGGAUGGGGAAAGACGAGCGGCCAUCCUUUUCUCUUCUGCUGUUUCAGCUGAGUGAAAUCUCUGAAUUUGAUGUGUAAUCAUGGCACUGCAUGCUCAGCACAGCCAAAAGAGUCCUGAGAAGAGAGAAGGCUGGAUUUUCCCCAACAAAGCAUUAACAGGAAUCCUCUCACCAUAAACAUUUGCCAUAUGCCUGGGGAGAAGGAGAGGGCAGAGGCUGGUACUUCCAGAUACACAAGAUAUCCCCAGGCCUUCCAGAGCCUAGACAGACACAGGCUUUGGUUUGGCCAAGAGUGGUUUGCAUCUUAAAACCAGAAGUGACUAUUGAGCAUGGAGUCCUGAACCACACAGUCCAGCAAGGGUGUUUCUCCUGAAGAGACAGCCUCAAAAUUUAGAGAUCUGACAUUGCUGUUCUAUUUCUGUGAACUCACAAAUGAAGGUCUUCCCUGGAGGGAGAUUAAAAAAAGCUUUCUUUAACUGAGGAGGAAUGUUUAGACAUUUCCCUGGCUCUCUAAUUCAGAGUGGGCUGGACCUGAAAGCUCUGAACAGGAAUAAGCCUGGGAGACACAGAAGCAGGCUGGAUUUAGUGACUGCAUUUCUGAUGCUGGUAUUUCAAGGUGGUUUUGUUUUCCCUUUGCAUGAUUUUCCCUGCAACUGUGGCAUAACAGGAACAGGAUUUGGAUACCUGGUAAGCUGAAGUGGUGUCUGUGUGUGCACAUGAGUUUGUGAGGGAGGAAGAGAACAAGGAAUGUAUGUGCUAAAGAGUCUUGAAAUUCUCUCAAAUUGCAUUGUACAGUGAGUGGGAAAAUGGGACUCUGAUGCAAAUGAAGAUGUUCUUAGAGGGGAGAACUCAAAGCUGAAUGUUUAUAUUGAUUUUUUUUCUUCAGUCUUUCUACAUCAGAAGAUUAGUAUGUGACCUCCUCACAGUUUCUUUGAACAAAAUAUGGAGGAGUGAGCAGUGCAGAGUCUUAUGUGUUCACAGUCCAGGACAAGACAGAGUCCCAGGAUCUGAUUACCUGUGAAAGGUACAGGAAUCUAUCCCUGAACUGGUGUACUGGGAAAAGGAGCCAGAGGGCUCAGGAGGGAGCCAGGAGGAGAAAGCAUGCAGAGUAUGUGCUCAGGGAACCAGUGAUCAUGAGAACUUUAAAAACUAACAGAAUCAUCACAAGUAAAGACUUCUCCAUCUCUUCUGUGAACAAAGGCACUGACAAAAAAAAAAAAAAAAAGUCCAGGGUGAAUGGCAUGCCUGGGUUCUUCCUCCUCAAGGAGUUCCACAUUAUGGGGUGACAGCAGAAAGUAUAAACAAAGUCCAUCUCCUGGUAUUUCCAUUAAAAUCUGUGGUUUCACUGCAAGACAGAGACACUGUUUUGACAUAACUGAUUUCAAACCCAAAGUGUGGGUGUUGGUGUCCUGCAGAAUUUGUAAAUAAGAUCAGGACUUUUUGCUAAGCAUUAACAAUCACUAGGGAAGUCAAGAGGGCUCACAGAUGAUAUGUGCAGACAUGCAAUAUGUGUUUUUGAUGCUUCUCUGUUUGGGCAGGUGAGAACACGAGGAAACCUUACACGACAGCAGCUUACAAAUCUCUGAAAUGCAAACUUCCAGCAGCAAUUUUCUGUCUUUACAUAAGUCAGGUUCAAAUAUGUUUGCCAACAAAAAUGGAACAAGGAAAUAAUGUAAUCCCAUGAUAUCACAUAUCCUGUGUCAAACUAUUUCUUCAUAGAAGGAGGCUUAAUUUUUGGUAUUUUUCAAGCUCCUUGUUCUAGGGUGGCUUUUAGGAGCCAGAAUAUCUUUUCAGGCAUGUGGAAAUGGGCAAGGCAUCAGUUCCUGCCUUACUCAUCCCCUCACACUGUGACAGGGGUGUCUAAAGGCUCACAACGUUCAGCUCACUGCCCCCACAAUCCUUGAAGGACCCAGGGGUCUGCUGAGCAUGAGGGCAUUGCUAUUAAGGAGCAGCAACAUUGCUCUGCUCAUUGACAUUUCUGAGGUUAUAUUUAUAUUUGGAUAAGUGUAAUAUUUAUUAGCUAGAGUGGGUUGCACAAAAUAUUAUUGUGAUGGUUUAUGCUCAGUUUUAUUUUGCAGUCUUUCUACGCAUGCAAUGUGGACUUUUACAAACAAUAAAAUUGCUGAGUCCCAACUGUGACUUUCACUAUAUGUGAGCAAAAAUGCAAAAACCAUGCACCUGUAAUCAAAUACCCUCCACCAAGAUGAAAACAGGCAUCUUCUGGCUUUCUGAAAUACCUCUGUUCCCCAGAACUAUGGUUGUGUUCUGGGGUUACACAAUGUUCUGGGUUUAUGGGGGUAGGAAGCAUCCAGAAUCUCUGCAAAUAUGGUCAUUUAUUACAUAGAUGCCAGAUUUUUAGGUCUAAAUAUCCAUUAUGGUGGCUUUAAAUUCUCUGAAUUUUCAUAAAAUGGAGGCGCUAAUAUCUGAUGUUUCCCCAUAAUUUACAGGGCACUUCAGGAAUCUCAAAAGGGCAGUGCCAGAGUGGGAUAACUGCAUGAUACCAGUGCAGUGUAACACAGUCUUUCCUCACCUCAGCAGGGUCUAAGGCAAGUUUAGCUGGGCGCCCUUCACGUGGCUUGACCAGAUCCGUUCCCCACAAAGCAGAGGUGAGAAUAUCAGUCUCCCACUGCAAAGUGAGUCACCUUUCUCUGAACACCCUUCCCUGCCUCCCUCGAAAGCAUUUCACACGUGCUGAACGUUUAGGCUGCUGCCCCUUUGCCUGGCAGUGUCUCACCAGGGUAGGAGGUUGUGCCUGUCCCUCCUUUGCCCUGCUGGCUAUCCCAGGUGGUUGCAGGGCUCUGCAUCCUUGGCUGGAGCCAGCCCCGGAGCCAUGUCCCAGCGUGUCCCCAAGCUGCUGCUGAGAUGGCCAGGCACAGGCACAGCCAGGCUGGAGCCCCUGCUAGCAAAGGCAGUCAAGCAGUAACCUCACCUAGAAAGAGCAGCUGAUGCUUCUCGGUGGGGACCAGGGACUGCAGCGUGGCAGCAUUAGCCAUGAAAAGCUCUUUUCUGGGCAUGGGUCAGUCCCCCUGGGGAUGUGGGUGUUGUUCCAGUGAACAGUUACCUUAAAAUCAGGCCUGAAAAAAAAUCUAGAAUUACCUGAAGUAUUUUUUUCAUGAACAUGUUUUUAUGUGAUGUUUGGCGUUGUCCCUCUCUGAACGCCUGUCAGCACAGCAGGAUUCAGGUGAAUGGCUCUGCUAAAGAUCACUUGGCAGCCACCACAAAUUCAUGUGUGUUCCUGUGUUCUGCUCACCCCACCAGUGUUCUCUGUGCUCUCCACACACUGGUGCACACACUGCUGCUGUAGCUGCACGGGGCUGCCCCUCGCUGUCAUUGUCCCCAGCCUGCAGGGAGAUCUGCAGGACAAAUGCAGCGAAG